UGUCAGUUGAGCACCAUGGCUGAACGGGGUGAGAAGGGAGCAUUUGUGACCUUAGCGACAAACGACACAUAUGCUCUAGGGUGUUUGGUACUCGGGAACUCCCUGAGGCGAGUCAAAACAGUACAUCAGUUGGUUGUUAUGAUCACGGAUGGUGUCACUGGAUCUAUGAGGAAUCAGCUGCGACGGGUGUUUGACUUGCUGUAUGAAGUUAACCUCCUUGAUAGUAAAGAUGCUUCCAAUCUCCAGCUGCUUGGACGACCUGAUCUUAAUGUUACCUUCACCAAGUUCCACUGUUGGCGACUCACCAUGUAUGACAAAGCCGUCUUCCUUGAUGCUGAUACCUUAGUCCUUAAAAAUGUUGAUGAGUUGCUUGACAGAGAAGAACUAUCUGCAGCCCCUGAUGCUGGUUGGCCAGACUGUUUCAACUCUGGGGUGUUUGUAUUCCGACCUUCUGAGGAGACCUAUAACAGUCUGUUAGAUUUCGCAUUAGCUAAAGGAAGUUUUGAUGGUGGUGACCAAGGGUUACUUAACAUAUACUUCAAAGACUGGGCAACCAAAGACAUAGCAAGACAUUUACCUUUUAUAUACAAUGUAGUGUCACAAGCCUUCUAUAGUUACUUACCAGCAUUUACACAAUUUAAACAAGAUGUGAAGAUCGUACAUUUUAUAGGUGCCACAAAACCUUGGCAUCACCCUUACAACACCUCCACAAAGACAGUUCAGCCCCUCCCUGAUUCAGGUCAUAAUCAGGACUUCUUACAGCUGUGGUGGGACAUCUUCAUGUCCCAGGUCCAACCUGCUCUUGACCCGUCAGUGAUGUUUGGUGGUGCAGAAAGUAAAGAGAACUUAGCCAUCCAGUCCGUCAGCCAGAAAGCAAGCGGUCAAACUUAUUCCGUCACACAAGCUCCAGGUCCAACAUCCAUCCAGUCUGUGUAUCCCUUUGUCCCUCCUAAUGUAGAUGUCCACUACAAACAGCCAGAUUCUGACCAAUCGUCGGAUCCCCAAGUUGUUGAAAUCGAGGUUGUCCCCCGGCAGUACUCGCUGCCCGAGGCUCACUUUGUCGAAAACCCCAUGUCUGUGAUAAACCCUGAUGCCCCACCCCCGGGCUCGUAUGACAUUUCUCAGGUUAUGAAAGCCUGGGGGGAUAGUAAUUCAGACAGUAUUAUUUGUCAAAGUAGUGAAAUUGAAACAGAGUUACCUGCCCUUGAACAAACUGAUGAUAGUGAUCCUAUUCCUGAAAUACAAAAUACUGAUGAAGAAACGGGAGGCUUAGUGGCUAAUCUUGCCAGCUUGACUAUCCAGACGGACCAAGGUGCGGACGGAGGAUAUUCGGAGCAGGAUGUCAGUGACCAGGAACGCAAACUCAAUUGGGAAAAGGGUCAGAUGGAUUAUAUGGGAGUGGACGCCUUUGAGAACAUACAGAAAAAAUUGGACGAGACACUACAAAGUCCAGUUUCUGAGGACACAGGUUCCACCACGAGUCCAUUCUCGACAAAGUCAAAAUCCUCAGACAAGGAAUAGAUCUGUCAGAGGUUUUAAAAUGUAUGGGAUUUGGUGUACCAUUAACACCUGAAGAGUAAAGCACUAAUAUUGGUAUACCUUUAUAAUAACUUCAGGCAUGGAAUAGACCACCAUUUUGAGUUGACAUACCAGAAUUUCUUGUGCAUAAUAUAAAACAAGGUUUGAUGUUGGACUUUGGGUGAGACAAAAGAUCAGUUUCUAAAGUAACGCAUUAUUUCCAUUUAUAUUGAUUUACGUGAUUGUGAUUGAAAAUACAUUCAUUAAAACGAAAGUAAAAUUCAAACAUUAUUAAUGAUAUUUUAGCUUCAUUUGGCUUAAAGCAAAGGAAAAAUUCAAGAUUUAAGAAAAUUUGAUGGCCUAAAAAUAUGCUGCAAACAUAUUCUGGACUAAUUUCCAUAUGGAAAUAAUGACUGCAGAUACAGCUGUACAUUUUAUGUGCUGUUAAUUAAGUUGUUAUAAACAAAAGCUAUAAAAUGAUAUUAAAUCGUGGUAAGGGCUUCCCCAGGAGUUUCUUGUAGGGUCAUUAAUACCGUUAUUGGUUAUUAAAAAUUAUUACAACUCUUAACAACUUUAUACAAGUACCAGAUGUGCAUUUUUGUUCAUUAUCAUCUAUUUUUGUUUCCUGUUAAAGCAUUUGAUUACUUGUAAGUUUACAUUUUGACAGAAGGCUAUUUUGUUGGGAGUAAUUUAGAGACAAAGAAAUGUACUAGAUUGUUCGCUGUUAUUUUGAGUAUGUUGGCUCUUAAAAAUGCAUUGCUUAGGCGUUGGGUUCUUAGUCUAAUUAAACACUUUAUUUAUUUUAUAAUAAUUGCAAAACAGGCUAAAAGCUUAUAGUAAUCUCUCUUGUUGACUCGGUUAGAAGCAUGCAAGGGAGCUUACUCUAGGAUGUCUAGCUGAAAAGCAAGUGCACUACCACUGCAUCAACAGACCACCCUUAGUUUAGAAAACUGUUUGUUAAAAGAUGCUUGAUUUAAAAGAAAUUGUAGAUGUUAGUUAGGUGAUAUUAAUGUCAUCUGCUAAAAUUCCAUAACUAUUAUUUACAGAAUAAAAACAUAUUGUUCAUGUGGCAUGUCAUUUUCUGGUAAUUUUAUCAUAAAAUGCAUUCCUGCUAAUAUGUCUUGUGGAACAGUAUCAUUAUUGAUAUGCCUAGCACUAUGUUAUAAAUUUGUUAUGGACAAACCCUGACAGCAAUCUUAUCUAAUUCCUUAAAAAGUGGGGUUAAAAAGUGGGGAA